UCACUGUAAGACACAUAUUGGGAAAUAUAUUCUUUAAUUCUGAUGUAAAUAAAAUAUGUGAGGACAAGAUUUAAUAGGGUAUUAAUUAAGGGGCACCAUAACAUUACAAACAUCCUUUGCAUAUAUAGUGAGUGUUUUGCAUGAAUUACAGUUGUGUGUCUGGUUCGUGUCUAUUAUUGUGUUUGUCAUCGUGUAAAAGAAAAUUUAUUAUGUAAGAAUAGCUCUGACCUAGGAAAACAAAACUUUUAAAAGACCCACUUGGGAUACUUGUCCCUAAAGAAAAAAAGAUCCGAAAGCAAGUCCAAAAUUACAUUGCGAAGUGCCUUUAUUGUCAUCGGAAAAAGAGGCUUAAAAAUCCCAUUUAACUUCCACUUCCCAAGAGGUUCAAUGGAAAGAGAUUCCCCGCGUGGCUUUGAUUCCCCGCAAACACAACAAGUGGGUACAAGAUUACCGCGUCUCUCAAGCAUUCCAUUAACCUUGUCAGCCGCGUUUGUCAGACACAGGCAUCAACUCAAGUGCCGUCACUCAUAAUAAGACCCGCCAGCAGACUACCAGUAUUUCCCCGGAGUCUCGCGUGACAGGUGACGUCCCAAUUCAUUCCUGCAAGUACCGAAGACUGAGAACCCUCGCUGAUAAGUAUUUUUAGCUCGGACUGAGGUGAUCAUCAACUUGUGUGAAUGAGCGGGAGUCAUGAUACCUCUCUGGGAAUUCCAGUCAAGUAAAUUACACCUCGUGAUGAUUACUCCAUUCAAGUCUCGCUUUAAAUAACUUCAGUUCAUGCGUAAUUGUCCUGCCAUGAAUGAUCACAAAUAACUUCUACUCACAAAGAUCUCAAUAUCGAAUUGUUAACUAAAAUAAGUUCUACUCACUCAUAGUGAUUUAGCUUUACCUGAUCUAACGUAAACUAACCUAACUUGACACGACCCAAGCAAAUCUCCUUUAAAAUUUUACAGGAAAUACGUCCUGUCGUGAUGACUUUCACUAUUCUUACUUUACCUAACGAAACCUAAAUGGAGCAAGUUUCAUUACAAAAAUUAACAUCCCUCUAUUAAAAUCUCACCUAAAAUAUUUCUUCGCAUGAUAAAUUCCACGAACGUAGCAUAAAGUAACAUAACUUAGACUAAAGUAACAUAAUAUAUGAUAGGAGAAGCAUUAGGGAAAGGAAAUUUAGCGGGAAGAAAUGCUCGAGGGGAGAAAAUUACCAAGGGAAAACUUUUGCUACACCACAUCGCCAUUAUUACCACAACCACCACCACUGCCACCACCACUACCACGACCACCACCACCAAACGAGAGAAAAGGUCGGAACACUUCCUUACAUUGGUCGUGUUCCAGAAGUGUUCCGUGUCAUAAAAACAUAAGAACAUAAGAAAACAAGGGAAUCUGCAAGAAGCCAUCUGCAAUACACGUGGCAAUCCCUAUAUGAAACACCUACCUACUUCCACCUAUCCUCCUCGGCCGGUGUGUGUUGGGUAAGCGUUCUGGUGAUCUCUAAUGCGUCUGCUGCGACCUAAGUCCCCCUCGAGGAUGCUGAAGUUCUGCGGUGGCAUCAGGAAGAGGGAGAAUGACGUGACGUCGACGGGGAAGGCGGGCGGCGCAGGGGUGCGGGCGGGAUGCGCGGUGAAGGCCAUUAACGGCACGUCCACCGCCCAGCUGUCCCUGUCCAACGCCCACGCCCUCACCAAGCAGGGGUCAACGCUUACCCUCGAGAUCGAAGAUAACAGCGAAGAGCCAUCUGGGAACAACUUCUCCUCUUCUACCUCCAUCUGCUCCUCCAGUACCUCCGCCUCCACCGUGGUCGCCGCCAACGGACAUAUCUCCUCCGUUAGACGCAACAUAGAGAGUGGCGGGUCUGUAGAGAAGGUCCAGGACUCCUUCACUGACGGGCGGUCCAACGACUACGACAAGUCAGAGGAUUCCGAUUCUUCCAUCAUCUUCCUCGAAACUUAUGGUGUUGAUCCACAACUGCUGAGGAACGACGACGCUGAAGAAUACGACGAAAGUGAAGCUAACCAAGGCACUUGUCCUGAAAGCAAUACAUCUCCCACACACUCGUUGACAGAGUUUGGGCUCGAACUUGAUUCAGAGUCUCGGCAUUCUGUGGGCAGCGACGAAGGUACCUUUACAGACCACAGCUCGCAGACGGACACCUCCACCGACACACUGAUCUUGGACGGUCCGCUGACUCAGGCAGACAUACCUGAUUACAUACCUGAUUCAAGUGAAUGUCCUUUAGGGCUUGACGGAAAUACUCAGGUAGACAUUAAUCCAACGGACACUUUAGGAACAUCUGAAGAACAAUUUGCCAAAAGAGCAACACUGACUGAGAAGGGAGAGAUUCAAGGCUCCUCCUCUGGAUAUCCAAACGACUUAAACGACUUCGACUCGUUCUUACAGAAGCAAUCUGAUGAGGACAGGAGUUCAGGAACUGGCUCAUUCUUUUCAAACUUCGAAGAAAAACUAGAACAAGUAGAGCGACAAUUCCCAAACUUGCAGGUCGAACACCUGUUGGCUGAAGAAGAGGAGUUCGAAGAAGAGAGCAAUUCUAGUUCUCUGUGGGUGUGUGAGAGAACAGAAGCGGCAACUCUAGAAACUAGUGAGGGAGAAAAAGACCAGGAUUCUUUGCUCAAGUCAUUCCAAGCCACAAAACUGGAGACCAACAUGGGACAGUACUAUUCAAGUGUGUCGGGCGCCGAGGCGUCGAAAGGCGGGGACGUCUCCGGCUCAUUACCGUCCUCGCCUCGGUCAUCGGAGGGGUGGCGCAUCUCUAUGGCCUCCACUGCCACCGUGGGCUCCUCGGCUACUGCUGGUUCAGACGACACAGUAGCGAAGGACAUGUCGGAAUUGUCUUCGGUUAACUCCCGCCUCUCCGACCUUGACGAGAACCAAAGUGGAGGAAAGAUUCCUCCUUCAGCGCCCACUGCUCCAGAUCCCAACACAACACCCAAGGUAGCACCAGUGGCUGAGCGAAAGAAGCAGACGAGUAUCAAGGACGCUAUAGAUGAGCUAGAGAGUAUUGAACAAGCGGCACAAACCCUCUUGCUGAAACGGCAGUGUUCCAGUGAGGAGGAGAGACUCACACCAGUGCCGGGUAAAGACUCGCCCAUUCACGUGUCAUCCAGCUAUUCUAUCCUGACUGUUGAUAAGACGAGCCCUCAGGGGAAGAGGAAAGUGACACCCAGUCCCCCUCCACCUCCAGGUUUCGGUGACCCAACCGAAGGCGACGCGAUAUCGGAUAAGUUGGAGAAAAGCCUUUCCUCUCUUGAAUCUUCCUUGCAGGACGUGGACAAACAGAUAUUAGACAAUCACUCGCCUGUUGUUGCUAAUGGAAGCUCAUCUCCCAAAGUACUGCGAGCUGAUAAGAUUGGUGACGUGAAGUCUGGAGUAAAACCUCCUCUCCCGCCCAUUGCAACUCCAACUACCGUCAUUCAGCAACCUAAAAUGGACGUGAAGAGGCGGUUGUUGUCCAGAUCUAAGGAGGUGCAGCUUUAUAUUUCCCGCGAGUCUUAUAACGAAGAACGAGUCUUGAGAGAGCUCGAGAAACUGCGACGCAGCUUCCAAGAAAGUGACCUCAAUGAUUUCCUGGAUGCCCUUGACAACACUGCCAUUGAGGACGACAUCGAAGAAGCUUUCUUGACCCAGCUGCUCGAGGACCUCAGGGAGGACAUAGAAGCCUUACCUGAUGGGCCAUCAGACAACGCUCAGCAAAAGGUGGACGAUGUAGUCAUUAUGACAGAAUCGUCCUCUGAGGUGAGCAGUGACGAGGCUACACGGGAGGUUCUUGGAUCACCUUCUGCCUCCACCAAAUUAGAAAAAGUAAGAGAAAAGAUCUCAGAGAGGAUCAGAAAACGAAAAGAGAGUAAAAGCAGUGACAGUGGAAGUUCUGAAGCUUCUGGAACACCCAAAGACGAAAAACACAGCGAGUCCUCCAAGGUGGACUCCAAUCAAUUGGACACGCCACUGUCAGACCAAUUAGCCACGGCACAGUCAGACAAGAGCGACACUUCAGACACGUCCAGCCAAGUUCAAAUUUUGGAUGUGGCCAAAACCGAGGACACAAAGAAAGGCUUUAAUAUAACACAGUUUCUGAAAAAGGGAUCACCUAAAUACCUCAGGAAGAAGUAUAAAGAACGCAAGAAUCGCAAGUCGGACCUGAUAACUACAUCAGAGAGCGAAAGUGAGGAUCCUGAAAGCUGUAAGAAGGAGCCCAACGGAUCGGUGCUGAAGAGUCAGUCUAGUCUGAAGGGAAGUAACCGAUCCCUCAAUGGCACUCAGGACACGAAAAAAGAAGUUCGCUUUGAUCUUGACUCUGAUGCUCGAGUUAAGGAGUUGGACAGUUACUCAUCUGGGAGAGCCACUAGCGCCAACAUUGUUAGACAGUCUGAGCAAAAAUCAGUGCCUGGCCCCAUACUGGUGACAUGUGAAGCUCGGCGGCAAGAAACGGUUGUUCUCAAGGAGUCGGAGGAGAGGGAACAAGAGACUCCGGCGCAGCAGCCAUCACUACAACCACCACAACAAGCAUGUUCUCCCCUACCGGCUGUAGUGGAGGACAUCAACAGCCGAGCAGAGUCUAUUUUACCAAAACUACCAGAAAGAGUUAAGCCCCCAAGGAGGAAAAAGAUGAUUCCAACACCCGUGGAGGAGCUCAGUAGGUCCCAGCCAGACGCCAGCUCGGCCAGUAAGGCCGUAAAGGCGACUGACGCCAGGACUGAAUUUCUAAAAAACAUGACUGCGGAAAAGGACGAGUCGCCGCCACCUCUCUCUCAUUAUGAAAUAAAUCUUAAUGCCUCUAAGUCUCCAUCUGUAGCUGUGGUGGAAAACAAAGAGCUCCUAGAAGCAACAGAAAGCAGGCCUAUUCUUGCUACUCAGAAUGAGAGUCUCCAACCACUCGAGAAAUCAGUCGUUACUGUUCCUGACGCCAGUAGUGUCUCUGCACCGCUGCAAUCACCCUCUUCCAUCAUAACGUCUCAAGAGGUAGUUUCGUGCUCUUCAUCACAAAAAGACGCCUUGAUGACCACGGCGGCACCAUCCCAACUAAUAAUGAGUGACCAAAUUGUGUCCUCCAGAGAGGAAACCUUGGUGGCGCCCAUCCCUGUGACCUCUGUAGCUCCGAUAUCUAUAGCGUUGCCCGAGGCCACCAAAAUAGUUUGUCCCCCGAGAACUCUGCCUCUUCCCGUUAUUGAAGAAUGUGCGCACGAGGACCAAACCUCCCUCCCCACCCCUAGCGAGCCCACUACUGUCUCCUCCAGCAGCUACGGGGACACCACACCCGGCACGCCUCCAUUUGAGGUCGAUAAAUUCCCCUCACUUUACGAUAAUGUCAACCCGUUCAAAGAAAUGCUAGAGCAAGAAAAAAUUAUGGAAGUUCGUGCUUCUACAGAGCCCACCCAUCCACCAGAGAUUAGGACAGAGGUGGCGACAGAGACCACAAGACCUGGAUCAGUAACUCCCACCAACAAGCUUGAGGACCUUAGUCUUCCGCAGGCAGCUCGCAAGAGCCCUGAACCCGAGAAGCUCGAGGUUGUUGAUAUUGAUGCUUUGGCGGCGCUCACUGCUGAGAUGUUCAAGUUUGCUGAGGAAAUGGAGAAAGAAGUUCCGAAGAAGAGUACCAGGCCACCUUUUAGAGGAAAAAGUAAUGCUGGAAGACGUGACGCGGACACUUACGUGUCGCCGAGAAGGGUGGAGACGAAGGAGGUUGGUACUGAGCCAGAGACGAGUCAACAUAGCAUCUUGAAAAAAAGAGGGAAGAGUAAUACCAUCGGCAUACAGACAGACAAUGCGAGAUCUGUACGUACGUAUGAAGCAGCUUCCCAGACCGACACUGAAUAUGAGACCGAGACUGAAUCUGAGAUGGAAGAUAUCCAACAAAAGAAAUAUGAUGCCAGUAAAUGGACGUUUGGCCCUGUGAGGGAGCAAACCUUGCCGUUGCCAUCAGCUGGGGAGCCACAGCUGGGUCACCUACACCAGCAGCAGCAACGGCUGAUCCAAGAACUGCAGAAGAAAACUGUGAUGCAUCAGCAGAAGGAGAAAGCGAAGCCUAAGGUACCGCCGAGGAAUUAUCAGGACAAGAUGCCUCUCAAGGUUGUGGCGGAGCUGAAGAACGUGCUGUCAGACCUCGAGGACUACAAGCCAACGCCGAGCAGGAUAGUGGAGCAGCCACCGCGCUGGGACUCUCAACUAACGUGGCCCCACGCCCGGUACGGCGGCUACAUGUCCGAGCCAGAGGGUUACGACUCGGACAUUGGCGGCGGCACCCUGCGGUACGCCACGGUGGACCGCCGCCGCGGACCCCAGUACGAGGCCGAUCCCAUGACCUCCAGUCUCCCUAGAGAGUGCCUGAUCGACCUGGACCCGUACGACAGGAACACGAGCCGCUACGUGCACCAGCCAGGCCGCAUCGAGGACUACGUGCCCGGCUACUCCUCACUCGCCGAGAAGGAGCUGAAGAGGGACGCCGCUGUGGUGGACGUGAGUACGAGGAGCUACAAGAACCCGGACGCUGAUGUUAAACUAGAGUCACAAUCACAGGAGCCGCCGCCGGUGUCCGUCAAUCAUAGGUUUGGGUCGCAGAUGAUGUCAAUGACCCAUGCCUUGAAAGAAUCAGGAUACGAAAGCGACAGCACACUAGUGUUCAAGAAGCGAGAGGACGCCCGUCGCCUCGCUCCCGACCCUCGCAAGACCAGCCAGGUGUACCGCCAGAUCCAGCGAGGAGGCGACAUCCCCAUCACUGGCCUGCAGAAGCCCAACCCUCCGAAGCCCAAAGAGGAGUACUACGUGGUGUAUUCUGACCUCGACCUCGGCCUCCACCAUCCGUCCCUCUCCGACUUGUUCCUGACUUACGGCCAGACCCGAAUCAUGGCGCCCCCUACCAAGCCUCCCAUGCACACGUUUGGUGACAAGAAGAGAUCCGCCCCCUCUAAGGUAGUCGUGGCUCCGUCCCCGCCGCGCCGCAUCUCGUCCAAAUGGCAUCCGUCCCUCAUGAAGGCAAGCAAAGACCGCCCACCAGUUCCCUCCGCGCGGUCCACCUCAGCGGAACGUGUUCGAGAGACUCGGGCUCUUUAUUCUACGUGGCACCGAGAAAAGGUGGCUCGGUCCAGGGAGAAGCUCGGUUCUUCCAAUACUAAGACUACUUCGCUGGGACGAUCGCUCUCAGCUGCAAAGCAGACACAGGAAGUGAGAGAAAACUUUCUGAAGGGACGCCGCACCGUCUCAGAAUCUCGAUUUACCAUCGAGGAUCGAGAAAACUCACCUCCACGGAGAACAGCACCUCCAGCCAAGACCAAGUCUCCUCUCAGGCACUAUGAGAGUCGGGACAAACUGCACUACAGGUCUUCACAGAGGGAUAUAUUGGUGGACAGGAGUCUUCCAAUCAGACAGCUGGAUCAUGCUGCCUCACACGUGCCAGGCCACACCAGGUCCCUCAGCGCUGACACCUCUAGGAAGUGGUCCAGCGCCUCUGCAGACAGCGGUCGCAGCGUGAUGAGACACACGGUGAGCAGCAUGAACAAAAUUAAACGAACAUCACUUCAGCAAAAUCAUUCCGAUGGGCCAUGUCAGGCAUCCCGUAGCAGCAGUGCCGACAGUACCUGUAGAAGACGACGAAGCAGUUGUCUGUCCCCCGAGUCCCAGCCUGCUAGCCGCAAAUCCCCAGUCAGUAGGAAGGACAGCCGUCCCCGUGGGUCUCCUUACUCUGAUAUUUCCAUGGAGGCGCCUGAUGACAAAAAGCUGAAACAGAGCGAGAGUUUCGACACCACCCAGAGCAACGAGACCGGCUACUCCAGUAUGAUCGACCUCUCGCCCUCACCGACACCAGAGAAGAAAAUCGUCGUUGAGGAGAGUGAAAAGCGACCCAGAAAGAAGUCAGAGCCUCCGUCCCCACGAUCUCAGUCUUCCCCUGUCCGUCGCUCACGUUUCUCGGCGUCCUUCACUGAGCAGCGGAACAAAUGGGAGGCCAUAACUCGCGGGGACGCUGUUGGUGGGCGUUUGUCACGUAGCACCUCCCGUAGCACCUCGCCUCUUCGCUCCCUGCAGUUAGUCCGUCAGGUGAGCAGCAGCUUCAAGGACAUCCCCACAGAGGUUUCACUUUCCAGCCCUGUGCCUCGACGUAGCAGGUCACUUGAUGUCCUCACCCCGUCUCCACACUCCCACCCUCGCCGCUACCGCCAGUACAUCCUUGAGCUCAGAAAUGCAGCCCCAAGGAACGCCCGGAUUUCGCAGCUAAGGCGGCUUUUUACAUCCCUUGAGCGCGUCCAUCGCCUUGAACGUUCUGUGAGCAGCGUGGAACUGUCCGUUGCUGAAAGCCGGUCUCAAGCAAUAAUAGACUUCGAGACGUGGAAGGGACUGCGAGAGAAGGAGAGGAAAGCCCUGGAGUAUAAUGUCUUAUUGAAAGAGUUGAAUGUUGCCCAGAGAGAGAAGGAGUUCCUUUAUAAAGUGACGCCAGAAAAGAAGUGGGCAGGUGACUGUCGGCUGAGGGGACGGGAUGCACAUGUCACAGAUUUACGUGACAAAUUUUCUACCAUUUCUGAUAACACCUCAGAGGUCACUUACAAGCGGCGCCGUGAAUUGGAGAACUCUAAGGACACUUACCGUGGCCUGUGGCGAGGAUCGUCGGUGCGCGAUCUCUCCCACAUGUACCAGGACCCCGAACGCCGCCGCAGCAGCAAGCGGGGCUCUAGUCUGAGUCUUUCGCGUGAAGACUCGGGUUUAAGAUCCCGAGGAUUGUGGACCAGUCUCAGCCUGGAGCAAGUAAAUGCAUUUCGUGACCAUCUCGCAGAGAUUUACGGAUCGAUGCAAAGCAUCCGCUCUUGGAGGGAGAGGAAACAGAGAAACCAAGGCAAAGGACAGCAUCGAGCUCAGCAGGAGCUCUCUAACCAUAAGGUAGACGUGGCAGAGACUGGACGCGCCCUUGCAGACAAAUUGCGUACCCUGCACAGCCGUACACCCUCCGAGCCUUCAAAACGAUCACCUGCCAGACAGCCAUCACCCACGCGGGCCACCAAGAGCACUAGCAGUCUUACAAACGUUGAGGACCAGAGACGACAGCUAUCUAAGCAAUUGUCUAUCGAAUUUCAAGAAAAGGUUAUGGAACAGAAGUCAAGUCAAGGUGUAGCAUCUGCCCCAGCCACUCUGGACACUCUGCCUGUUCCUGAUGUGUCACUCUCCAUUAGUCCCGAGAGCCUCUCACGAUCCUCGCCACGCACGUGCUACUCUCUCGACAUAUCAGACUCAUCAGAACCCAACUCCCUCAACUCAGACCAGCUGCUACUAGUGGUCCAGAAGCCUGGCAGGUCUGGCCGUAGCCAAAGCCUCCCGCCUGAUCCCGAGCCAGCCAGUGACCCUGAAUCAAGCGACUCAGAGGUGUCAGUGAGGACUGUCGUGCACAAAGACGUCGCAGGAAAAGUUAAAUUCUUUGAGAAACGAGCGCGACGUAACUCCAGAUCAUCGGAACGGCACUCAUCCCGCGGCAGCCAGCUCAACGUGGACGAGGUGCCCCAUUAUGCGACCCUCCCAUCCCGUCUAAAGCAGCAGUCCCAGAGCAAACUCCUUUCCCAAAACUAUCUCCCUGAGAGAUCGGUCUCAUCUGUAAACCUAAACAGCAAAGCAGAUGUUGCCUCGCAAGUAUGGCGGAUGUAUGACAAGACAAACCCUGUCAGUGGAUCGUCAAUGCAGCGCUUGGUUGAAACAUCAAUGGAGCCACGGGACCAACGGAAUCCGACAUCCCACUCUCGAUCUUACUUGUAUAACGUCAAGACAGGUGAUGUUAAUAGAUUAAAGCUUCGAUUUGAAAGUCCUGAAGACGCCAGACGACGCACCAGAUCACUGCCCAAUGUGAACGGUCCUUUAUCUCGCGUGACGCCAACGGGGAGAACGAUUGUUCGAGGCCAGGAGGCAGGCGACGUGCAAUUCAUGAAAGCCAGAUAUGAAACCCCAAGGAGGUCCCGCAGCCCUGAGCGGUGGCAGCCGAUUCGUGAUGAAUACUUGCCCAAAUCUAAGCUGACAUCAACCAUGCAAACAUUAGCAACUCGCUCCCCUUCAUUCCGGGAGCCCGAUACUAUUGAGAGACUUGCUCGAAAGGAUUCUGUAGAGAAAGCUGUGCUGCGUCGCGUCCACACAGGUAAUGUAGAGGCCUCCGUUGAUCGUCUUGAAAGGAAAAGGCAAGAAAGAGGUUCAGGGUUGUCUAUCAUUGGUCAGAUGUAUACUUCCACUCCCUCGAUGAAGGAACUGGCAAACAUGGCUCCUCUCGUCCCGCCUCGUCCUCCUCCACCACUUAUGGGCCCACAGAAGCCACAGAGGAUGAGUCGUAGCAACCCUCAACCUCUGUUGACCUCGACUCCCACUCCAUCGCCCAUUGAUGUCCGUGCUGCCCACAAACAGCGGGCUUUGAGCGUGCAAGAACCAGUCUGUCCCCCACCCAUCAUGGUUCACCCUCCACCAGGUUCCUCAGCCACUUUUUCGAGCCAGUCUGGCCUCUACAACGCUGACGCUCAUCGUCCCAAGGCAAGAUACACUCCACAGGAGUCAUACGGAGGUGGACCUUCAUCCCGACCCUCUCGUUAUGGUGGGCCCAACUGGACGCAAUCACUGGAACGCCCCCAGAGGGUGACCCGUGCCAUGACACACUCUGCGCCGCCGCCGCCGACUCCAGACAGCCACUACCACCACGCAGGUCGCCAUCUUCACCAGACGCGAAAAACCUCCCCCGCUGAUUACCACACGUACUCCCAGCCGUACUCCCACAUGACCCAUACCUACGCCCAACCCUCACGUCAGCGUCAGUCCUAUCCGCACCACUCUCACAGUCCUGGGCGGGAGCAGAGCUGCGGCAGCAAGGCAGUCUCCUGGAAAGAGUCCCCGUAUAAGUAUGAGUCCGGGGAGGUGAAUAUCCACUACCGCACCCCUGUCAGAAUAGAGCAGAAGGAGUCCAUCCCUGAGGAGGAGCUCGCCCGCCGCCAGGAGGAGCACAUGAAGAAAGUGUACGAGAACGAGCGGCGCAAGAAAUACCUCGCCGAGCUGGAGGACAUUGAGCGCCGGAGACACACCGACAACUUCACGCCUCUCCAGAAGUCCCCAAUCCCCCUGAACCGCUACGAUGACGAGAGCAGCCUGGGCACCAUGCGGGGCGUGCGUACCCCGGACCUCAAGCAGGUGGCAAAGGCCUUGUAUAAUUUCUCUGCACAAAACAAGAGGGAAAUUUCUUUCAACAAAGGUGAUGUAGUUUUCAUCCGUCGACAAAUAGAUAAGAAUUGGUACGAAGGAGAGCAUCGGGGGUCAGUGGGCAUCUUCCCGUGCAACUAUGUGGAGAUUGUGCCUUAUGACAGCAUUAGAACACUGACCCGAAAGCCAACUGAAGGCCAGGCCAGAGCCAGAUUUAACUUCCAAGCUCAGACAUCCAUGGAGAUGUCACUCAGUAAAGGAGAGCUGGUUGUCUUAACUCGGCGUGUUGAUGAAAACUGGUAUGAGGGAAGGAUAGGAAACCGCAAGGGUAUCUUCCCUGUGUCUUACGUUGACACCCUGAUGGAGCCUGGAGCAGACCGUCCCUUGACUCCCAGCUCCUCGCCCAUGCCACGGCCCGCCCUGCCCGCAGCUAACCUGCUCUACAAUGGUGCCUCUUCCUACUCCAGCCCCUACUCCACCUUGGGGCGACCGGGAAGUCAAAAUGAUUCCAGACCUUACCACCAAUCCCUCACUGUAAACACCCAGCAGGAACCUGUCCCGUAUCGAGCACUUUACAAUUACAAACCUCAGAAUGAUGAUGAGCUGGAACUCCUGGAGAAUGACCUGGUGAUGGUGAUGGAGAAGUGUGACGAUGGCUGGUUUGUGGGCACCUCUCGCAGGACUGGCCUCUUCGGCACCUUCCCCGGAAACUAUGUGGAGAAAGUAUGAGUGAGGCCUCAACACAGGACUGAGCUGUAGCUUUACCACAAAUUCAUUUACUAUCAAGAUUCUUUGCUUUGCUACCUUCUGAUGAUGCCAUUUUUGUAAAUAUAUAAAGACCCAAAGAAUAUUUUUUAUGGUUACAAUACAAACUUGCUUUGUAAUCUCAGUAUAGUGAACAGUAUGAGAUUUAAUAGGAAUCUACUAUAAUUCAGACAGUUUGCCUUUUGGAUUCUUGGGGACCGAGGCUUUUAAAGACAGUUGGCUCACCAUAUUGCUAUGGUUGUCUGAGUUUUUAUGGUAUUCCAAGAACAAAAAAGCAUGCUGGAUUCAUGAUAUCUGAGUACUGAAGGGCAGAGAGAUGUUACAGUAAAGGUGUGUGUGAUGUGCUGAGUUGUACGCUGCCCCAGCUUGUCAAGAGGUCAUGUUCAAACCUUUAUAGCUCUUUUUACAGUUCUUGUGUGCCAACAUGUUCAUAAGGGAAAAUACAAGGAUAAUUUCAUGCAUUUCAUGAUUAAUUUUCAUAUAACAUGACUUAAUUAAUGGCUAGAUUUUGAUAACAAAGACAAAUUUGUUAUGGUAAAGUGAAGGCAGACUUUUGUCUCUAUAUGUGAACAAUACAGUGUGUCCAGGUCUCAGCAUGAAUGAUGUAUUAAUAGCCUGUGCAUUUGCUUAUCAAAAAUGGCACACACACGCACACACACGCACACGCACACUCACACACACACACACACACACACACACACACACACACACACACACACACACACACACACACACACACACACACACACACACACACACUGUCCUUCAGUAACCAAGCUCGUCCUUGAGAGGUUCAUCUGGUAGUGGACAUGUUAUGAGGAUCAGUUCAGGUUUUGCACGCGUCUAGUCACACCCAAAGUGAAGUUAAUCAGAACAAAAAAUCAUUCUAUAUAGAUGUCUUGUCACCAUCUGCUGGUGCUUUCCUCUGGUGAUGUAUGGAGCAAAAUUCAUAUGGAGCAAAAAAAAUAAAAAAAUAAUUAAGUACCUUUAGUCACGCACACUUACCGGUGCAAAUGUUUACUUCACAGGCUUUGCUGGGAUGCACGACUUUCAACUUUUCUUUGUCUUGGAAUAAUAAUGUGCAGUCUUAAAAUGCUCCUGGCUUUCUUUUCUUAUAUUCUCCUAUGUUUGUUUAUUUAGUUUAUCCACCUCAUUUAGGCAUGGUAGAUACUGGAGUGAACAUGGCAUAUGUAUGUUUGUAUAUGUAUGUAUGCCAUUCUCUGGAUAUGAUACUUACAAUAUUUCAUCUCAUCUCUUCACAUUCAUCUUUCAGAUUUAAUAAUUUUAUGAAGACUAAAUGGACAUUAGAUUACCCUUAAAAUUAGAUAAAAAUGUAUAUGCAUUUUUCCAGAGAGUGAUAAGGAAGGAUUCGCAUCACUGCCAAGGAAAUAAUACUGUACUAUUGUUUUCAGAUGUUAUGUUUAAGUCACAUCUCAUAUUUUUAGUACUGUAUUCCAUGAAGAUACAGCCCAGCUAAUGCAGCAUCAAGGUUAUAAAGUAUUUUUGUUAUGUAUACAUAUAUCACAAAUGUGUAAUUACCUACCUAGAGCUUUAAAAGUUGGCCAGAUAAUAGAAGUGUUGUUAAUUGAAACCCAUGUAUCACAUUCGUUACUUUUCAACUGUGCAACCUUCCGCUAUCCUUUCUGGAGGGAGAUAACCAUAUGGUGUGGGUCGUGUGGCCAACUCACAUUAUCAUUAGUCAGUCUUCUUCAUAAGGAGACAACAGAAAUUUUGCACACUCAACAUUAAUGUGUAUAUCCACAACAAAAAUAAUAAAUUUCUCUGAAGGAAUCAAUUAUCGCCUGUGCUUCCGUGUCAAUCUUCCGUUUGUGACUUGCAUCAGCUGUUACAUUGUAAAGAUAAAGUUACGUGCUGCUGUCGUACAGGAAUUCUUAGCUUUACGGAGUAACGUAUCAGUGACUGUCUCACACACUUCCCAUCACAAUCCAUUCUCUCACAUCUGUCUGUCAUGAGCCUCAUGUUCAACAGUUAUGGAGUUGCACUGGGUAUUAAUGCUAUGCAGUUCCUCGCCUCCCACAUGGCCAGAACUUGCUGCUGCAAAAAGAGGACACCUAGCACAGUAUGUUGCCAUGCUAAGAGACUAUUUGGAUCUGUGGUGGCAGUCAGUGGGUGAUCAUGUGAGGGGUGAAUGACUGUGUAUGUAACUUGUAAGGACACAAUUAGCCUUGAUGGGGUGUGAUUAUAUCUAUAUAUAAAAAAGGCUUCCUGAUGUUGAGUACAUAUAUGCCACACUUUUCAGGUAGAUUUUUAGUUGAAUCAGUCACACUUACAUAGCAAGACUUCCCCUCCCACCCCUCUCUGAACAGUGUGAAGUGCAAGAUUUUUUAAACAGUCAAAUCAAGUGCCUUUCUGUGGUAGAUGGAAUACUGAACUGUUUUUGUCCCUGGAGUUUGACAGUAUCUGUCUUGCCCCACAGUGUAUUAUUUACUGUCUUGCCCCAAAGUUCCUUGAACAUUAAGUGAUGAAGAAAAUCUCAAAAAAUUUUCAUUAUGGGGAACUGUGGGCUUUUCACUCCUGUAUAAUUCUUUUCCUGUUGUUAUGCACAAUUUACUUUAGCUUAUCACGUAGAAUAUAAUAAAAUGAUGAUUAAUGAA